AUGCUAUCUCCACCAAGCAAGCCGGAACCAGAUGAUUUCACCAACAGCACUACCCAAGGCUCAAAAGACGUUAUUUGGUACCAGGAUGCCUUGGAGAAAGUACCCGAUAUCGCCCAACAAAUCUUAGUAAACUACGCUGGGAUACCGGAGCCCGAAGUCCUGGACCAUAUAUAUCGAGUGAGAGAGAAAGCAUGGAACAUACUACCGUACCCCUGCAUCGGCAACUUCAAAUUCCUCUCCUUCCCCAACCCCCUCUCCCCCGUAUACCCCGAAGCGCUGGCCCGGAUUCGCACGGGCCACCGAUUCCUCGACCUAGGCUGUUGCGUCGGGCAAGGCAUCCGCAAACUCGUAUACGACGGCGCGCCAGCGGAGAACCUAAUCGGAGUCGACUGCGAAGGGCGAUUCGUGGACCUCGGGUAUGAACUAUUCAACGACCGAGGGUCUCUGCGCACGGAAUUCUAUGUCCAAGAUGUCUUUGACGAGAACUUCCUCUCCCAUCUCCGUGGCCAGGUUGAUAUUAUCUACCUGGGGCUAUUCCUUCACUUGUUCUCGUUUGAUCGGCAGAAGGUGAUCAUGGCGCAGGUGAUGAAGCUCCUGCGGAAGCGCAAGGGGUCGUUGGUGUAUGGUCGGCAUGUUGGAGGGAGUGAGGGAGGGGUGCUGCGGAAUGAGGCCUUUGGGUGGGACUUGUAUUAUCAUAGUCCUGAGACGAUUAGGGAGUUGUUUGAGGUAGGCGGGGAUGGGGAGUGGGAUGUUCAGGUGCAGUUGUAUGCGUGUGAACUCAGGGGUUGGGAGAAGGAUGUGCAGGGGGAUGGUGGAGGGCAAGAUGAGCAGAUGGCUUUUGUGGCUCGGAGAUUGUGA